UGGAAGAGACUUUCUGGGCUCCAAAGCCACGAUCAGUUGCUUCUGAUCCGCCAAGUGUACAAGGUCUUCUGCAGAGAGUUUUGGUGCUUUUAUCGCCACUUCUCUUUAGUUUUUUUUUCCUUUUUUUUCCUGUCUCUCGCGAAAUUUAUCGCGCAUUUGCCGGCUUCCCAUACAUUCACCCCGUUUUAAUUGAGUGCGGAGAAACGAAAGAAAAGAGUUUUAGAAUUCAAUAUCACUUAGCAUCUAUCUCGAGUUUAAAUAAAACAGCUAACAGUGUGACUCAAAUUGGAUAUAUCGCACCAUAUUAACCCCGAAAAAAAAAUGUCUGACGUGAUAGAAAUUGAACAAAUUGUGGAAACAAAGCCAAAAAAGAUGCCAAUGUCAACAUCCCUGGACAAGGAGUCAAUCCGCGAGGCGUAUGAGGAUGUUCGAUCAGACCUGACCGAGAGUGACUGGUGCGUCUUUAAAUACGACGGUGCUCGAAUCAUCCACACGGGAUCUGGCACGGACUUUGACGAGUUCAAGAGCCAAUUCACGGACAGUGAGCGUGCCUUUGGCUACCUCCGUGUCCAGAUGGGCGAUGAGAUGUCCAAGAGGCGCAAAUUCCUCUUACUCACAUGGAUCGGACCCAAUGUAGGCGUCCUGCAGCGUGCCAAAAUGUCCACAGACAAGGCAAUCAUCAAAGAUGUGAUCAAUAACUUUGCCGUGGAGCUCCAGGCAGAGUCCCAAUCGGAUUUGGACCUUGACCUCUUUAGGGAUGCCCUCAAUCGGGCCGGGGGUGCAAAUUAUGGUACCGGAAUCCGCAAUUAAAUCCGCCAACGGUCGAGUCAUUUUACGCCUCUAUCUUAAAUGCUUUUGUGUAGUAUUAAUUUGUAUAAUUUUGACGCCGAAAUUUGUGAAUGUUCAAUAAAGUGUAAUUUUAAAUGAG